AUGUACAUCUGCUCUGCAGAGUGCAAGGAGUUCUUCGGCAGAUCCCUCUUCUUCGUGGGCGAAUUCGGGGUCAACGACUACCACUUCUCGUUCCUCGCCAAGAGCGUGCAAGAGGUCAUGGCCUUUGUUCCGGAUGUCAUCGGUACCAUCUCCACGGCCAUCGAGAGGCUGAUCAAGCACGGGGCGACGAGCUUCGUGGUUCCCGGAACGAUCCCCUCAGGAUGCGUGCCGCCAAUUCUCGCCAUGUUUGCCGACAAGGACCCAACGGCAUACAACUCCACCACCGGUUGCCUGGAAGAUUACAACAAAUUAGGGAUGCACCAUAACUUGCUGCUACAGGAGGCCCUAGACAAGCUCCGGGGCAGGCACCCGAACACCACGAUCGUCUACGCUGACCUCUAUGGCCCCAUCAUGGAGAUGGUCGAGUCGCCUCGCAAGUUUGGGUUCGAAGAAGAUGUUCUUACCAUCUGUUGCGGAGGCCCAGGGACACUUUUCUGUGGCGACGAAGGUUCGUACCUAUGCGAGAAACCGUCUGCUCGUCUGUUCUGGGAUGGCGUUCACUUGACGGAGGCGGCUUACCGCUACAUCGCCGAUGACUGGCUGGUCAGCAUAGGCUCCCCUACAAGAGAAAGCAGCUAUCAGUCAGUAAGAUGACAGAAGCUGCUCGGAUUCAUGGAUUGAUGGCUAUGUGGAGCCUGGACUGUCUGCAACACUACGUCAAGGAACCGAGGAAUGCCGCC